AUGGAGUCUAACGGCAGGGACGAUCCAAAGGGACCGGUGCUGCAUAUCGUGGUGGUUGGUUUUCACCACAAAAAGGGCUGUCAGGUGGAGUUCUCCUACCCUCCUCUGAUGCCAGAUGAGGGUCACGACAGUAACCUCCUGCCAGAGGAGUGGAAGUACCUCCCUUUCCUGGCUCUUCCCGACGGGGCACACAAUUUCACAGAAGACACUGUGUAUUUCCACCUGCCGCCCCUCGGUGAAGACAUGAAGUGUGUCUAUGGAGUUUCCUGUUAUCGCCAAAUAGAAGCAAAGGCCCUGAAGGUCCGGCAGGCUGACGUCACCAGGGAGACGGUUCAGAAGAGCGUGUGUGUCCUCAGUCGAGUGCCUCUCUUCGGUUUGCUUCAAGCGAAGCUGCAGCUCAUCACACACGCGUACUUCGAGGAGAAAGACUUCUCCCAGAUCUCCAUUUUAAAGGAACUGUACGACCACAUGAACGGCUCCCUGAGGGGCUCCACUCUCGAGGGGUCGCAGGUCUAUCUAGGGUUAUCACCGAGAGAUCUAAUUCUUCACUUUCAGCACAAGGUUCUUAUCCUCUUCAAGCUCAUUCUGCUGGAGAAGAAGGUCCUUUUCUACGUGUCUCCUGUCAACAGACUAGUAGGAGCUCUGAUGACAGUUUUAUCACUAUUUCCAGGUAUGAUGGAGCACGGCCUGGUGGACUCGUCCCACUACAGGCCUAAGGGCAGCGUGUCGGAAGACCCCAGUCUGGUGGAGAGCGUCUCAGGGGCCGAGGAGUUCGUCUCCGUGUCCGCCACCGACAUCGCCAGCACCUCCCCGGAGCUGCAGGAGAGCGGUCAGCCCGCCGCAGAGCCUCUGUCCUCGGGGGACAGCACCGAGGGGGACACCCACCUCCUCAAACCCCCGUCUCGCACCUCGCCGGACUCCUCGGAGAGCGACUGGGAGACCCUGGACCCCAGCGUGCUGGAGGAGAGUCCUGAGAAGAAGGAGGCAGCCGAGGGGAAAGACGCGGAGCUCCCGGACGCCUUCGACCCCGAGCCGGGGACGCCCAUCACCGUGCAGCCGCUGCCCGCCAACGGCCAGGGCGGGGUGGUCCAGGGGCUGGUGUCAGGGCUGGAGGAGGACCAGUACGGCCUGCCGCUCCCCAUCUUCACUAAGGGUUACCUGUGUAUGCCCUACAUGGCGCUGCAGCAGCAUCACCUCCUGUCAGAUGUGACGGUGCGUGGCUUCGUUGCCGGGGCAACCAACAUCCUCUUCCGCCAGCAGAGGCACCUCAGUGACGCUAUCGUGGAGGUGGAGGAAGCGUUGGUCCACAUCCAGGACCUGGAGCUGCGGAAGACCCUCAACCUGACGACGGCCGACCUGAGGUUCGCCGACUACCUGGUGAAGCACGUGACGGAGAACCGCGACGACGUGUUCCUGGACGGCACGGGCUGGGAGGGGGGAGACGAAUGGAUCAGAGCCCAGUUCACACUCUACCUCCACUCACUACUGUCCUCCGCUCUGCAGCAAGAUAACGAGAGGCUGCUGGCUGACUACGGAGCGCCUUUCGUUGCAGCCUGGAAGAUUACCCACAACUACCGGGUGUGGUACAGCAACAAGCAUCCCGCCAUGGCCGCCAUCACCCCUGGACAUCCAUUCCAGGGCCAGUACAGUGUUGCUGAUGUGAAACUACGACUCUCGCACUCGGUGCAGAACAGCGAGAGAGGGAAGAAGAUCGGAAACGCCAUGAUGACCACCAGCCGCAGCGUGGUGCAGACGGGGAAGGCAGUGGGUCAGUCCGUGGGCGGAGCGUUGACCAGCGCCAAGUCGGCCAUGUCCUCCUGGUUCUCCACCCUGGCCCAGCCUGCAGCUGUAGCCGCUCCAGAGUACGUGGAGGCCGCCACAGAGGUCCAACCCUAACCCCCCCCCCACCCCCCACUCUGUGUGUGACUCUGUCGUCGUCCGCUCACCCUCUGGCUGCUGUGAACCCUGAGGCUCAGUGGACCAGGAGCUGCUUUUAUGAAGGAGGAGAGAAAAAGAGUGUGACGUCUUCAGGUUGGUGGCUCCGGGUGACAUCAUGACAGGAAGGCAGCGCCGCGUUAUAAUAACUGUACAGUCCAUUUCCACUGUGAGGCAGAGACUGCCAGUGCUUUUGAUCAAAAACCCAGAAAUCUCCGCCGGCUGCAUCAUGUCCGAGCGGCCCUUUGUAUCGCUGGAUGCCUCUCCUGUAAGACACUAAAGUACGGUUUGCCGUGUCACUCUCCCUGCUGCGUAUUUCUAGAGUUUGCCUGUAUCUAUAUUUGCUGACAGUUUCAGGCUCAUUUCUUUGGAGAGAUCAAAGAUUCAUCGGUGCCACAGGAUUUGACAGAACAGCAUGAGCUGUGGCACCUCAAACAUUUUAAAGGUUCAGAUUUUCAGCCUGGCUCUUGUUCAGUGAUGGAGCAACAUGGUGGUGGUCGCAGUAAUGGCAUCAAUUCCUGCAUACAUGAAACUAAAUAAGUGAUUAAGAAAGGCUGAAACGAAUUAAUGUAUUGAUUAUGAUUUGUUUUAUAAUUACUGGUUAAUUUGAGGAAAUAGUGAGACAUAAAACACUAUCAGACAAAUAACAUUCUUGAGCACAAACAACUUUAUUUUGUUUACCUAUUCAUUUGCUUUGCCAAAUGUUUUUAAAGAAAAAAAUGUAGUUUCAAUGUUAAGUAUUGCAAUAAUAUUAUUUAUUUAUAUAUUCAGUGUUAUUUUUGACUUGUCUGAUACCAUUUUCUUACACCUUUAAUUUAGUAGUUUUAUCCAAUUAAAUGUAAGAUGAUAUAAUCUUAAAAAAUAGAUACAAAUGGCAAUUUCAAUUUGCUCUAAAACUGCACUCUUAACUCAUUUGACAAAAAAAAACCACUACACAAAUAAUAACACAAUCUGAAUGCUGUUACUGCGCUCACCAUAAUGUUGUUACAUGGACCCUCGUGUACUAAAUGUCUGAUUCUGUCUCCUGUUGAAAUCCUCUCUUAACUAUGAAGGAACCUGCACCCAGCUGUGUUUGACCGGGUGUCAUUAACCCCCCAGGCCUUUUUAUACAACAUAUAUAUAUAUAUAUAUAUUGGGAGACCUAUAUUUAGUACAUCUGAAGAUAGUUUAAAGUUAUUUAUUUGUUGUGUAGAAUAUCCACGUUUUUAUCAUGAAAACACUGGAACUGAGUGUGGACCACUGUGUGUGGACCACUGUGUGUAUUUGCACAGAGCGGCCAUCAUAUUCUAUUUAUGUGACUCUUAUCUGGUAUGACUGUGAUGUUCAGGUGCUUUCAGGAUCUGUUCCCUCCAUGCUUCAGAUAUUCAACAACAGUUGGAUUCAAAGUGGUCCAGUGAGCAUGCUCUGUUCAGUCCAGUUUUACAGCUGUAAUGAGUGUCACCCUCCCUUCCCAUCUUUAAAACUCUUUUAAUGUCCCCUUUGUUCUUCAUGCUUUUAAACCUUCUUUGGCCAUUGAGUCAUUUCGGGAAUUUUCUUUAGAUUUCUGGAUUAGAAGAUAUCAGCUGUUAAAAGCUGCCUUUUUUUUAUCCUCUGAUAUAUUUUCAUUUUAUAUUUAACAGAUAUGAAUGUAUUGUGAAUGACAGUUCACAGAAUAUUUUCUUGACAGAUGCUUUUAAUGUAUUUGAGAAUAAGUGAUCCUCUACUAUAUUGCUGUAUUAAAAAAACAUAAAUAAUAA